CUUAAAGAAAUUUCUUGAGGCAUCAACCAGAUUUUUGAGGCGGCGCGAACUUAGGGAGGUCAUAUUUCCAGUCUUCUUCAACCCAUUUUCCGGCGAUGGCACGAACCAAGGGCGGUCAGAGCGGUGAGAUUUUUUAUGAACGGUCAUUGUUUUUCACCUGAUAUUUUUCGGAAUUUCACGUAUUUUCGUUCUUAAAUAGUGAAUAAAUUAUUUUGAGUUUUUCUGGGGGGGUUGAUGGUUCAACGAAAAACCCUAAUCAGGAUUCGAACCUCACCCACCACCACGAUUUUAAGGCCCUCAGCGACAUGAUCCACCUUCUCUCGCCGCUGCUGCCUCAACUCUCGUCGCUGGAGCUUCUCACGGGGCUGGCGUCCACGCCAAGGGGUUUGAGCUUCUUCAUGCCGUCGCCGACGGAUCCCUACUCGUCGUCGGGGUCGGGAUUUCCAAUGAUAGAGUUCAAGUCGUCGUCUCUCAACUUCUUGCUGGAUGGGGUCGGGACCGGUAGCAGCUAUGGAAGCUUUCAGGGGGCUCCGGAAACGAAUGGGAAGCUUUUGUUUCCGUUUGAGGAUUUGAAGCAACAAGUAUCGUCCAAUAAUGGUGACCAAAAUCGAGAUGAUAAUGAUGAUUCAAAUGGAUACUUGGGUGAAUAUAUGAAUUAUUUGAGAGAGAUUAAUGAAUUUAUUUUUGUGAGUAGUUGGUGGAUCACGUUUUGUUGUGGACCUUAUGAAUGUGCUAUUAUUCAAAUACUUGUAUUGAUAUGAAUUUUUUUAUGUGAACGUUGAAUGUCUUAAACCAUGCGAUUUUGAUGUUGAAAAUGUGAAUUAAGGAUUGUAAUGUUGACAUAUUCACCAC